UCAGCCAGCCGAUAACAGUUUCAGUUUCCACACCCAGUUUCUAUCUAUCAGCAUGGCCUUCCGUUACGUCAUCUUCUCCCUGUGCGCCGUGCUGGCCUGUGCCCAAGCUGGCUUCCUGGCGAGCCAUGUGGCUGUGGCUAAUCCUGCCGUGGAUGCUGUCGCCUCCACGCAGCACAAUGUGGUGCGCUCCUUUGCCGGCACCGUCUCCAGCUACUCCAAGGCCGUGGAUACGCCCUACUCCAGCGUGCGCAAGUCGGACACUCGCAUCCAGAACAAUGUCUACCAGCCGGCUAUUGCCAAGACAACCUAUUCGGCGCCACUGUACACUCAGGCCACGCCAAUUGUGCAGAAGAGUGUGUAUGCUGCUGCAGCUCCCGUCCUGGCCAAGACCGUCUCGUAUGCUGCUCCAGCUCCCGUGCUGGCUAAGACCUUCUCGUAUGCUGCUCCAGCUGUCAGCUAUGGUGCUCCCGUCAAGACUGUCUACGCUGCGCCCGCUCCAGUUGUGACCAAGACCUUGUACGCCGCACCCGCUCCCGUCGUGGCCAAGACCAUCUACUCUGCUGCUCCUGUGUAUGCCAAGUCGUAUGCCGCGCCCGCUGUUAGCUAUGCUGCUCCACUGGCCACCACCCAUGUGAACCAUGGUCCAUCUGCCACCACCUACAGCCACAAUGCCCCAGCCCUGGGCGUCUCCAGCUACGGCAGCGCCCAGACGGUCCACUAUUCGCCCGCGGAGAGCGUCUCGCACAUGAGCUUCGAUGGCUUCGGCACCCACUGGGGUUUCUAGGAGCACGAUUCGCAAACUAGUAAAGCCGCUUGUUAAUGUUGCACGUUGUUAAUAAAAAAAAAAACCAAAAAUUUUUGUUGCAAGUAAAACCUUGGCAAAGCUUCCGUUUCGAGGUUGGGCCUGAAAGCGGCGCGGGCUAAGCAAAAUAAAGCCUAACAAGCAAUAAACGCGCAAUUGUCCA